UAGAGAGACAGGGGGACCGGGGACCGGGGACCGGGGGGAGAGACCAGGAGCCGCUCCCCCUGCGGCCGGAGGAUCCCGGAUCGCGGACAUGGCGGAUUUCAGCAUCGACCAGAGCAGCCUCCCCGCGGUCAACACAGUUUGUCGGGAGUUUGCAGUCCGGGAAGAUCACAGUCUGGCCCACACCCUUCAGGAACAGGAAAUUGAGCAUCACUUGGCGUCCAAUGUACAAAGAAACCGUUUGGUUCAGAAUGACCUGCAAAUGGCUAAGAAGCUGCAAGAGGAGGAGAAUAAAAAAGCCCAGGUCCGCCUUCAGAAACAGCAGCGAGAGAUGGAGCGUCGUGACAAUCAGAUGGCUCAGGUAAUUCAGGAUGAGCUGACAUUGGAAAGUGAGAAAAGACGACGCCAGGAAGAAAAGGAUGAGGCCAUUGCUCGGAAACUCCAGGAGAAGGAAGAGAAACUAAGACGGAAACAGCAGGAAGUGAUAGGCCAUGAGCCAAAUGAUGUUGGCUUUGAAGAAAAUGGAGAUCACAUGAAAAGCAGGGUGCACAAACAUAAUAGAAACAGCAAGCUUGGAAGUGACUCCUAUAGAGAUAGAGAUUUAAGGCACAAAAGGGACAGUCAACUGAAAGGAGCUGCAGUAGGACCAAGCUCAAAAUCUCCAAUUGAUGACUGGGCCACAGAGCCAGCAGCACAUGGCUCCAGUGAGAAGUUCCAUUGUUCAGAAGCUGAGUGGGUUAAUAAUUAUCCGGACACUGACGGGCAGAAACUCGAGAGCCACCCUUGCAAAAAGGAAGCACCAAGGAGACCUCCUCCCCCGGUCCUGAACUCAGCCCAGGAGGCUGCCUCCAGCUACUACAGUCAGGGUGCUCGGCCUAAGGUGAUGGAUGUUCAGGGUGAGUGCUUUGACUUGCCCGAGCGUGAUGCUCACUGCUGGAAGCCCGUUGACAGAACCCCGCACGACCUUAGCCCCGAAACGUUGGGGGCUUGCACCCUCGAUCCCGAGGAAAUCCUGAGGAGAGAACGCAAACACAGAGAAGAGGAUAGGACUACGAGGAAGGAACGGCAACGAGCAGCACGUUCACGGUCACCUGGCCUGCGGGAGCAGAGCAACCUCUGCCAGGAACAAGGGCUGAAUCCAAGAAUGGAUGAUGCUGUGAAGGAAACCAUGCAUGGCAUUUCAAGGAUGAGUGCCAAAGAUCUGGAGUGGAAAGAUGCUGAACUAGCACGGAAACUUCAAGAGGAAGAGAUCAUGGCUAUCCAAAGUUCCAAGAGAGCAGCUCAGAUGGCACAAGAUGAGGAGAUUGCCUGGUUACUAAUGGAGGAAGAGAAGAAGCAGCCCCACAAGAAAUCCAAGGAUAAAGAUUCUGCAUGGAGAGCAGAGGAAGACAGGAGGAAGGGAUCUUCAGAAGGCAGGAGGCAUGAGCAGGAAAAGAAGCACGGAUCCAGUGAAUACAUCAGGCCCAAGCCUCGGGAAGGACCGGAACAACUGACAGGGAAGCCUGAGAAACCAGGAAGGCCUCCUACAUACCGAGAAGAAUCAACCCCACAACGCCCUCCUCGCCCUGCGUCCAGGUCCUCUGAAUCAUCACAGAAAGUUUCUCAUUACAGGCAGUGACUGAGAGAAUUGAGCAGAUCCAUAAGUGAAGAGGAUUAAAGUUUUGAGAGUUCCACCAGUUUCUGUCUUGUUGGAUUAAGCCCAAAGUUACCGAAAGAGUUUCACCCAGUGGUUCCCUCGGAUAUGUCAAAGUGGGGAUAGAAAACAACUGGAUGUUAUCAUAUCUGACACAGCAUUGUAGUGAGCUACCUAUCAAUACAGACCUGGUCUUGUUUUGGAGUGUAAAAUCUUUACUGCUAAUGUGUUUGCACAAAUAACCCAAGGGAGAGAACUUUUUAAAUGUUUUUAACAAAAAUUAACUAGAAUGUUAAGUUGUAUUAACUUUUUAUUAUUAUAUAUAUAUAUUUGUUUUUAACAGUUCAACUCAGGCUUUCACUCUCUUCUAAACAGCUGUGCUCAGCAGUUUGAAUCACUUGCAGUUGCAGCAAAAUUUUAAUCACACGAUAGAAGUUUGUGUUCUCCCUCUAUCUCUUUCUUUCUCUCUCUCUCACACACAUUUUCCUGGCUCUGCUCAAAUUAAGUCCAUCUGAUUUACUGUGGCCACAAAAUUUCUUGGAUGUGCACAAUUUGGCUGAGUGUUAUAGUACAAUUCGUAACUUGCUAUUGGUGGGACCCACAGAUGCCUUUGGUGAUGUUGUGGGUGAGAUCUAUUCCCCAGUUAAACAAGGGCAACUAAUCUUGAUCUAGACCAGGCUCUAUCAAGCAAACUUCACAGCACAAGACCUUCAGGUGUUUAGGAAGAUCGCUGCAUACAUGUCCUUUCCAUUUUGAUAUAUCUUGAGCACAACUGUCAAAAUUAUUUACCACCAUAUAUUUCUGUGCCUCUUCUCAAAUGCUUAUAAUAAUCCUGAACUCCAUUUGCAUUCUAUAUCUAUACAUUAAAAUGCUCUGCCUAUGGGCAGUCCCAUUAGUAUUUUUCCAUUAUAAAUUCUCAUGUCCACAUUUAAAAUGGAAAUUGCCUAUGUCAACUUAUCAUGCUGUAAUUACACCCUCCCACCAUUGGAGGCAUAGCAGCAUCACAGGACUUUAUAAUGGGAAUAUAAAAAUAUGGACCGAGUAAUAAUGACUGAGUGGGAACUGAAUUAAGUCUUUGUGCUCCGUUAUCCUGCUUUAGCUGAAGGCUUUUCUUGGUUUUGACUCCCUGCGAGCCCUGACUUAAUUUGUUUAAAAAAAAAAUGCGCUCUUCAAAUUUUUUAUUAUGGAUUUGGUACUCUUCCUAGAACUGAGAUUCUACCAGUCCCUCAAACGUGCAACAGCUUGGCUGGUUAGAAGAAUUCUUUCUCUUUUUUUUUGUUUAAAUUUGCUGGUAUUUGAAGGACUGUAUUUCAGAAGUUGCAAUUUUCAGGCAUUGCUAAAAGAUGCUGGUUUGCAGCUGAUCUAGUUAUAGUAGGAACAUGGGAUCAACCUGGAACGUUCUAUACAGAGUGUGUGAAAUACUGAUGAGUAAUUCACCACUGGCUGCUUUGUUACUUGGGUAUCUAUAAUUCCAAAUGUAGGAUGUUCACAAAUCUGUAACAUUUUGAGGAAAAGCACACCUAACCCUAGUCCCACUGUCACCCACCAAGAAUCCCAAAGCCCCUCUCUUUCCACACCUUCCUUUGAAAUGUCUCACAAAUUAUCAAUCAAAUGCUGUUUUCUUAGAUGUGUAGGAACUAGUUUAACAGCUUUCCUUUGUGACAAAAUACAGCAUUUUUGUAGUUUGAUUGGAUUUUGCAGGAUCCAUUACUGUCCCUCUCUAAAUGAAGGUGCUACUCUUUCCUGCCUGUAUCUGCAUGCUGUAUGUGUGUGUGUGUGUGUGUGUGUGUGUCAAGCCAAUCUAAGUCACUGCUGCAUGUCCUGUGUUUAUGCUGCUUGUGCUUCAUGUAUGUUGAGCAGCAGGGGUGAGCAGUGGUCUGAGACAGUGCCAAGGUGCAAGACCACAAGUUUGAUGAGCUACUGAAGCAGAAUGCAGUAUUUUUAACCCAAAGUAGUUAGCAAACAUUUUAAGCUAUAACGACCAGUAGAAGGGAAGAAGUUAAACUCUUAAAUGGUGAGAGAUAAAAUUGGUGAAUGCUGAAAAUCUUCAAAGGACAUAAACCAGUGUCUCAGUACAUGGCAAAGACCGAUUUGUUUCGUGGCACUCUGUGCCAUUAACUUAUUGCUCUUCUUUGGAUGUCAGGCACUUUGGAGUGCACUCCCCCUUUUUAAAACACUUUGUAUUCGCCAGAGGUUUUUGUUCAGCCCUUCCCUCGUUGGUGGCGGUACAGCUCCCAGUCACCCCAAGGAUCCACAUGUUUCCCUGCGGGGAGGAUGCAUGACGAGAGGCAGUUUAUACCAGAGCAGCAUUUGAGAGUGAGUGAGGAAGCAUCAUGCCUAAAGCUGUGCUUCAGGAACGCAGAGUUAUACCAUCGUACUUGCUUUUGUUCAUCAGUGCAGGGAAUUCAUUUCCCAUUAACUUUAGACCCCUCAAAACAAAUAAGUUGCUCUGUGGUCUUAAUGUCCACAGUGUGACUGAAGCAGUGCAAUAUAAGGCCAACGAGGGAGCCAUCACUUAGUCUCCUUCCGCCAUUUCGACACCAAGAAUUUAGAAAUGUACCAAGGUUUCUGUGCUUUAUUUUGUGGACCAAUCCUUGGCAGCUCAGCCUGUGACUGGUACGAAAAGUCUAAAUACAAAUGGGUAAGAGUAAGCUGCUGUGGUGAAGUUGUCACUAUCGAUUGCCUUCUGUGUUAUGACGGCUCCAUGGCCAGGAUUUUUAGGAUGGUGGGGUCUUCUCUCCUGCUGUCCCGACUGCCGGCACUGCCUGAUUUCACGCUCCAGCGAGCGUUCAUCGGCUGCAGGCAGGUAUUCAGCCCCCUCACCAGGGAGGAGGCCUCACUUUCGAGCGGUGCCGGUCAAUCUGAUUGGCUGGCAGCAAUCUCGUCUCUGCAGCGCCUGAAGCUGCAGUGGACAGGAUUGGUACUGCAAGCAGUCCCCAUUGCCCAAGUCCCAGGAUUGCAGGAAGGGGUAAGUUUUGGGGAGUCUUGGGGCGGAGGAGGGUAG